CACUGGAUUAGCAUGUCUCCAGCAGGCAGCGGUGCAGAGGAUCCUCAAUGUCAGGUUUCCUCAUACACACGCCUAGGGUUACACGCCACGUUAACGAGCAGCUCAGAUGUUAAGAGCUUUCGGUGGAAACUUGUUGGUUAAUGAACUAUGCAAGAAUAGCAGCACUGCUUAUAACAAUGUAAAAGAAGAGAAAUAAUCCAAACGGCUCAUUAUGCGAAUCGGUUCCACCUAAAAGAGUCGACUCGUUCGCGAACGACACAUUACUACAGCAAAGCAUAAGACUCGUCUCGGUAUCUACGUUAGACCAAUAGCCUAUAAAUAAAACAAGUUUUCUACCGAAACAGCUAUAAUGUCGGUUUGAAAACAACCCUGUAUUGUGCACAUGCAGACGCUGUUGUUGUUGAUGAUGAUGAUGAUGGUGAUGAUGAUGUCUAAUACGGAUUUGUCCAGCGCCUCUAUCCGGCACAUGUCGGAUAACCAAGAUGUGAAGACCCUGAUAGAGGAAGAAUUCCAAAAACAAAUACUUACGGAGAGUAAUGAACUCAAGAUUUCAAGACACUUGUACCAUCCCACAGGGAACAAUACAGAUGUUUGGCACAGUAUAUGGAAACCCACUAAUCCGGUCUUCUGCUUGGCCUGUGAUACAAUGUUCCCUGAUAGGUUGACACUUGAGGAGCACACAUGCCCUUUUGUGAACUUCAUUUGCUCAUGUGGUGUUAGUUUUCUUAAUUACCCUGAAAUGUGGGCCCAUAGCACUUUCCACAACCAUAGAGGCACUUGUGUACCGAGUCAUCAAAGUGCCAUCCAGAGCAGGAUAACUGCUUCUAAAGAACAAGAGUCAAAGUUGAAGUUGUUAGAGACAAGAGCAAAGAACAUUGGUCUUGUACAGAACACUGCUCAUUUUGCCUGUCUGCCAUCUCCGAAAUCCUCUUUCAAAAGUGGACAAACCAUAAACCUGUGGAAGCAUUUCAAGCCAGUUGUGCAGCUGGAGACUAUUAGGAGAUUUUACCCCAAAGGAAAAUACAUGUGUGCAAUUUGCCAAGAAGUGUUUUGCAAACAGGACCAGCUCAUUGAGCAUGUUAACAGUCACUGUAAGGCCUACAUUUAUGGUUGCAAUCAUUGUGGGCUGCUUUUGAUUGGAAGUGUUCCCCCAAAACCUUACCACAGGUGUAGGUCAUUUGAAACAAAGUUUUUGCAAAGGUUUACUGUUGGCCAAAUGCAGCGAGACCCAUUAUUAGCUGACUCCUAUCCGUGUCCACAUUGUUCCUUAAAAUUUGGUCAUCUGGGGAACCUUAACAACCACAUAUACCUCAACCACACCAACAUAAUCAAAGGUCAGAAAACUUCAAAAAAGUUGUCUCAAGUAAGAAGUGUGACAGGUGUGCACAGGACUUUGGACAGCAUGCCAAAUGAGAGGCAACAAAAUAAAAAAAUUAGUUGCGCCCUUUGUGGAAAAAAGUAUGACACGAUUAAGAUGCUUGGGAUGCACAAGUGCAAAAUUAAGGUGACUUUGCUAAAGCCGGAGACAGUAGCAAAGUUGUCUGCCAGAGAGGAACAGCAAAGAUCUGAUCAAAAUGAUCUGGUAAAGAGAAGCUCCAAUGAAGUGACCUUUCGGUUUCAAGACAUCUGCAACAUCAAGGCCUAUGACUGUGCAAAACUAUUAGAAAUAAAAACUGAGCCAAUAGAAGUGAAUCUUAAAAUGACAACUUUUCCCCACAGUGUGUCUGUAAAAACUGAGCCUGAAUUUCAGGAUGAUGAUUAUGGAGUGAAAAUGGAUGGAUUGACCAUUUUACCAAACAGUCUGAAAUCUGAGGAAAUCUAAAGCGUUGCCUUGGUAGGAUACAUUAGCAUAAAAUAAGUAAUUAAAAAUUCCUUAGCAUUAUUCUUUUACUUUGCUAGUUGUUAUAUUGUUUGUAAUCGUUUUAUGUUAGUGCUUGCCGCAAACCAAUAAAAGUCAUAUAGUUUUCCAUGAUUA